AUGGCAUCCCUCACUUCCGAUCCGUAUCUAACCCCAGCCAUGAAAGCCCCGCCAGGCCUUCACUCCAACCUGAUCGAUCCACCCUCGACAGGCUACUCGACCAUCAUCAUCUGCAUUCUGGUCAUCGUUCUCUCAACCCCUUUCGUCGUACUGCGGUGCUGCGUCCUGGGCUGGAUGUUCGAAAUCGCACUCACUGGUCUCCUCUUCAAAGCAAUCAACUAUGGCGGUGGUACUGAUCUGUGGAACGUGUCCAAGUCAAAGUAUAUGCAUUUUACUAAACUCUUCCACGACAUCGAAAUCAUUGCCCGAAUAGGAAUGUUCUUUACCAAAGCUUCCAUCGUCCUCCUCUAUCAACGCUUAUUUCUCCCCCCUGGUACGGGGCGCUCGCAUAUCUGGUGGAGUCUAAAUGGAGAAUACAACGCUGACUUCGAGCCCUACUCUAGCAUCUGGUUCGUCUUUUACUGGAACCUUCUCUACGCGCUCGCCCUCGUCCUUACCGUUGCGACCGAAUGCGUUGGCAAGGCCGACAAGGUUGCAAGGGGAGACCAAUGCCUUGAUGAAUACGCCGUACUUAUCUGCGCUAGCGUCAUCAACGUUGUGAGCGAUCUUAUGAUUCUGGUUAUUCCGAUCGCCGCGAUCUGGGGACUGCAUAUGGCCAAGGAGAAGAAACUAAGGUUGAGCGCGGUUUUUGCUGUAGGGUCGCUAGGUGUCCUAGCCAGCGUCGCCCGCUUAGGCUACCAAAUCCCCGAAGCCAAGAAACCGAAUCAGACUAUCAUUGUCAUGAUCUUAACCGAGUUGAACAUCGUCGAACACAUGGUUGGCCUCAUAGUCUCCUCCAUGCCCAGCCUUCCAGCCUUCGUUCGUCACCUCCACGGCGCCGCCCCCUCUACAUCAACCUGGUUCGAACCUUUGAGCCAACGAGAAAACAAAAGGUCGUCAGAAAGAAGUGUCCUUUGGUUUAAGAGGAGCCCGAACCCUGAUCGCGGUCGGGGCGGGGCAGGGAUGGGGCUCGACGACCCAUCUUUGCUCUAUAGUGCCAACAGCGGGCAUGGGGAUGCUGGGUAUGAGGAACUGACGGACUUGGAGGGCCAGAAGGGGACGCAGACUAAGCGAGAAGGGCUGGAGGAGUUCAUGGAGAACGUGGCUACGACGACUGUGGGGGUCGAGAAUAGAGGAGGAUGA